CGACCUUCAACAGCUCUUUUUUUGGAGCACAAUAAACACUGCCCGCCCGCAGUCUGUCUAUCUAUGACUCUUCCUAUAAAUAUUGUCGCUCGACUGAAAGAAAAUAACGCUUUCUUUUCUCUCCAGGCUACCGCCUCUUUUCCCUGUCUUUAUCCCUUCGUAUCUUUCUUUACGACAAUUAUGACUCCGGAAAGUACUAGUAAUGUUCGAGAAGAGAUUCCGUUAUCCAAGGUGGAAAAGGCGUCCCAGAGUCAGAAACGCUCGACUGUAAAACAAACGGUGGAACCGCAACGCCAUAUAGUAACAAGGCCAACACCUUUGGAACGAUUUUUGAAGAUGUUGGGUAUCAAUUCACCAAUUCAGAAGCUCAUUUGGUUGGCAAUCCUCGUGUUGACUCCCCUUUCAUGGGUGUUGCAUUUUGCCAUUCCAGGGAACGCCACUGUGAUUUUUGUUUUUGCUUUCCUCGCGCUCAUCCCACAAUCCCAAGUCUUGGGAUAUUACACGGAACAGCUAAGUCUGCAUUCAGGCGAGAAGGUGGCCGCGUUGUUGAAUGCUUCGCUGGGUAAUGCUGUCGAAUUGAUUGUAGCGAUCAUUGCCUUAACGAAAUGUGAGCUCGAAGUGACGCAAGCUUCUCUCAUCGGCUCUGUCGUGAGCAACAUACUCCUCGUUACCGGUAUCGCCAUGUUCGUCGGCGGGAUCAAGAACGGGGAACAGGUAUUCUCCGGCAGCGAUGCACAACUCCAAUCAGCGCUUUUAGCCGUCGCGUUUAGUUCUGUGGUGUUCCCCACGAUUUUCUAUAUCAUUGAAACUGAGAAGGUGCCUGGGAACACCGGGAUGGUGGUGGAUAAGAGGCAGGAACAUCUGCUUGCGCUUAGUCGUGGGACGGCCCUUGUUCUCAUUUUCAUCUACGGCGCAUACUUGUGGUACAAUAUGGGUGCAGCUAAAAAGACUGCUGAUGUGGAAGAAGGAUUAAAGGGGCAGGAAGAGGAGCAGGAAGAGGCAAUAGUGAACCCCAAAGUCGCUAUAGGCCAGUUGAUUUUUGUCACUGCGCUCAUUGGAGUUACAGCCGAAUUCCUCGUCUCUUCCAUCAAUGGUCUUGUCGAAAAUUCCCCUUUAAGUAAACAGUUCGUGUCGCUUAUACUGUUACCUAUCGCGGGAAAUGCUGCGGAACAUGCGUCUGCGAUUAUGUUAGCGUGGAAGAAUAAGAUGAGGAUGUCGUUGGAGAUUGCUAUCGGAUCGAGUAUUCAAAUAUCCAUAUUCGUGCUUCCACUCAUGGUCAUCAUAUCCUGGAUAAUGGGAAAGCCUUUAACCCUCUACUUCGACUUGUUGCAAACCAUUGUCUUUGUCGUUACCGUCGUGAUCGUGCACUAUAUCGUUCAAGAUGGAAAAUCGGUUUGGAUAGAGGGGGUGAUAUUGUGUGGUCAGUCCCAAUCCUCAUCGUUCCAACUUACCCCCCUUUCUUGGCGAUGUGCUAACCGCCCUCUAGCGCUCUACGUGAUACUAUGUGUAGCUUUCCAAGUCUAUCCCGGUUCUGAUGCUGCUGCUGCUAUAAACUCUUGUUAAUGAUUUCAAAAGGCGAUUUUCGUCAGUUUUCGGUUCGGACUCGAGUUGUAUUGUUAGAUUUUAGAGUUUAAGAUACCCCAGGCUAUUUACGGACUACUAUUAAUACGCUGGGCGCCGUGACUUGGUUUUUCAACGAACUCUUUACGAACUUUAUGUAUGUACACUUAGAAAUUGGAGUGGUUUGAAAAUGACGAUCCGGGG